GCCGUUGUUCUUCCACUCGUCUUCUUUUGCUAAAAAUCUGAUCUUUAUUUCUUCAGCCUCCAAUCUCGCUUCACUCAAAAUUCAAUUUCUUUCUCUCAAUCAUACUCAAAAUCCAACCCAACCCAACCCAUUUCCCAUUUUCAUUUCUUCAACAAAUCCCCAUUUGUUUUUUUUUGUCUCCGAGAAAAGAAGAGAUUUCUUUCCCAGAAAAUGGCUGCAAAGACCACAACUAAAGACAUAAUUACCCUUCGAGGCUCUGCGGCGAUCGUCAGCGAGUUCUUUGGCUAUGCUGCUAACAGCAUUCUGUAUAAUCGGGGAGUUUAUCCUGAAGAGAGUUUUGUCAAAGUGAAGAAAUAUGGGCUCCCUAUGCUGCUUACCCAAGAUGAGGGUGUCAAAUCAUUCAUUUCCAACCUAAACGCACAGCUUUCAGAGUGGUUGGAAGCUGGCCAAUUACAAAGAGUUGUUCUUGUAAUAAUGAGCAAGUCUACAAAUGAAGUUUUAGAGAGGUGGAAUUUCAGCAUUGAGACCGAUGGUGAAGUCGUUGAGAAAGGGGUGUCAAGGGAAAAAAGUGACAAGGAAAUUAUGAGAGAGAUUCAAGCAAUCAUGAGACAGAUUGCUUCUAGUAUCACUUACUUGCCAUGCCUUGAUGAGCCUUGUGUGUUUGAUGUUCUAGCAUAUACAAAUACAGAUGUUGCAGUACCAUUCACUUGGAUUGAAAGUGAUCCUAAAUUGAUUGCUAAUCCCCAGAUGGUGAAAUUGCAUUCUUUUGAUACAAAGAUUCACAAGGUAGACACUCUAGUAUCAUACAAGAAUGAUGAAUGGGAUGAAGCUUAGUAAGUAGAAAAAUAACAAGACAAGAGUAAGACCAGGACCUCCUCCCUAAAUGGUGUGUUUUAUUAUCUGUCUUUCCUUUGAAUUUGAGGGGGUGUGACCGUGUGAAAGAGAGGGAGAGAGAGAUUGUGAAUCUUUUAUUCACAUUUUGUGUACCAGAGAGUAAGCGUUGUAGUCUUGGAAUGCAUUCGUUUUUUUAGUGUUUUUUAAUGCAGUUGCUUCUUUCAUUAAUGGCUGGCAUAAUAACACAAUUUAUGGUUUUACAAAACAUAAUACAAAUUUCUUUGCAAAAA